GUAUUCGGAUCCGGUAUUGACAAAUCGGAGACGGAUCUAAAAUACAUGCUCUGCUCUCUGCUCUCUAUAGAACCCAACGCAGUUUGGUUAUUGAUAGUAGUGCCUAUCGCGACAACCACCAUCUGAAGCUGCAACAACACCUUUCCGCACUCUUCUCCGGCUGCAAUGGCUGAUGAGGAACCUGUUGAUCAGAAGAGAUAUCUUGAAGAGUCUUGCAAACCAAAAUGUGUAAAAGCAUUGCUUGAAUAUCAGGCAUGUGUUAAAAGGAUCCAAGGUGAUGAGACCGGGAACAAACACUGCACUGGACAAUAUUUUGAUUAUUGGUCUUGUAUAGACAAAUGUGUUGCACAAAAGCUAUUCUCCAAACUGAAGUAAUGGGGGAUAAAUCUAUGGUAUAUCGUCAUUGCAUUAUGUUCUAUUUUCAUUCCUACACAACUGAUCUCACACAAUUGAUUUUGUGACCAAACUAUAUGGCAUGUAUGGUUACGUGGAUACUGCGGAAUUUUGAGCUCUUCUUGUUGUUGACCUUUGAUAAUGAUCAAUAAUAAGAACUUUGCCAAAUUA